AUGAGAGAGGCAGUACCUGCAGGGCAGAGGCUAGCAUUAACAUUGAGAUUCUUGGCAACUGGAGAGUCAUAUGCCAGUUUGCAUUAUCAGUUCUUUGUCUCUGUGCCUUCCAUAUGUCACAUAGUACCAGAAGUAUGUGACAUUAUCUAUAAUACAUUGAAGAGUGAAUAUUUUAAAUUCCCUGAAAGUGAAGAGGACUGGCUGAAGAUAGCAACAGGAUUUGAGGAAAAAUGGCAACUUCCACAUUGCGUUGGUGCUGCAGAUGGGAAACAUAUCAGAAUUAUACACCCGCCUAAAAGUGGUUCUGAAUUCUAUAAGUACAAAGGUUUCUUCAGCAUUGUUCUAAUGGCAGUUGUUGAUGCAGAUUACAACUUCAUUUUUGCUGAUGUUGGUUGCCAGGGCAGAGUUAGCGAUGGAGGUGUGAGGAAAAACACCAUUUUCUGGAAAACGUUGGUCAACAAUGCACUUCACUUACCAAAACCUAAGCUACUUCGUUUGUUGCUCUCUCAGUAUCUUGAUGUCAAGAGAAUUCCAGUUCCAUACUUCCUUGCUGGUGAUGAUGCAUUUUCCCUCAAGCCAAAUGUUUUGAAGCGCUUUGCCCAAAGAGCUCUCACAGAUGAAAAAAGAAUCUUCAACUGUAGGCUUUCAAGGGGCAGGCGUGUCAGUGAGAAUGUUUUUGACAUUCUCACCAAUAGGUUUCGAGUCUUUUCUAUACUUCUUUCAAUCAAACCAGAUAAUGUUACAAAAGUUGUCCUUGCAACUUUGGCCCUCCACAAUUUCCUUCAAUCUACCAAUUCCAGUAGGUACAUUAUUCCUCCAGGUUCUGUUGAUAGUGAAGACCAGGUGCCUUGGCAGUGGAAUGUAUUAGUAUGAUUAAACAGAAUAUACAGUCACAUAAUUUGAUAUUGGAACAUGAUUCAUUAUAGAAUUCAAAUAACUUUGCCUUUCAUUAUAUAACAUUUUAUAGACACAAAUCAGAUAACUAUCAGUUUGUCAGUGCAAAAUGGAAGUAGCUGAAAACUGUUUGUGAACUUUGUGGUUUUAAAUAAUAAUAAAAAGCAUGUAUUUGUAUUUUACACUGUAAAACUUGAUAAACAUCUAAUUAUACAGACAAAAAGUGGUCAAUAUGUCUAAAAAUGGAACUAUAAACUUAUAAAACUAUAUAAAUUGAAAAGAUGUUGAAUUUCGGAUUAUAACCAGUAUGUAAAAAAUUCAGAAUAUAUUUAUAGUUCCAUUUAUUUGAAACACAUACCAUGACCACUAUGACAUGUAUGUUGAGAUACAGUAAUAGACCACUUCUGAGUGCCUCGACCUGGUGUUGAUCCAGAGCAUAAUUCGGAAGUGGCCUAUAUAUUUGUGGAUAACACAUACAAAUUACAAGAUUAAACAGUACUUAUGUAGUGUUAUUUUAAUCAAAAUCAAAUGCUGAAACUGCAACUCUUGAAAUGCGAAUCAUCGUGCAUAGCCCGAACAAUUAAUUAUUGAAUUUUAAUUUUGACAUUUUCUUUCCCAUAGCCUUCAGGUACCUUAGCAAGUUGCCUACCCACGUUUUUAACAAAAAAAUCAUAGGAAAGUUGUAGGAUUUUAAAACAAGAUUUAAAAUUCUUACAACUUUUUCGUAUUGUAUGCAACAAUCAUAAGCAAAUUGUGGGGCUGUAUACACGAUACGAUUUGUGUCGUAUACAAUGUGUAUACACCAUUUUUACGACUAUCGUAUACGAGAAUCGCACUGUGUAAAUAGACCUUUACACUCACAGACAUCACCAACACACAAUGAAACCAUGAUUUGGGCAGCGAUUUCCAUAGCAUUUUUCAGGUUUUUGAAGAUUGGUGAAAUGACUUGCUCUGCUUUUGCCGAUCAGAUGUAAGUUUUCACUCUUGGCCCAAGAGGAUUAUCACACUGCUCACUGUGUAGGCCACAGCUUUAGAAUCGGAGCAGCUACCACCAGCUGCAUCCCAAGGUUUGCCUCAUUGGCUUAUUCAAACGCUAGGAAGAUGGUCUUCUGAUUGUUACCUCAGAUAUAUUUGUAUGCCAAAUCAACGUCCUUACAGACGUUUCAAAAUGGUUCAUUGCAGAAUGAGAUGAACACUCGAUUGUUGUUUCUUGGUCUAUGGGGAUCACACACUAUCGUUGUGUGAUUGUGGAGGCAAUUGCUCCAGUAUGAGGUCGCAAUUUUACCAUAAACUUCACGUUUUCUUUACAGAAUUUGGCAAACUGGCAUACAGCCAAUUCCCAUUUACAAAAAUCAGUCUAUUUCUGCAUACGAGUAUAUGUGCUGAGCCAGAUCAGUGUUCUAAGAAAUAUUUCCCUGAUCAUUUUUUCCGAGGGCCCAGCUCAGAGUAUAUGUCUUGCAAGGCAGGCUAGGGUCCAGCUCUAAAUGGAGUAUAUUUUCUAGCUGGACUCAGGACCCAGCUCAAAAUCUGUGUGGUAAAAGUAUCUGUCUUGGGCAUAUUAGGACCCAGCUGUAAAUCAGUAUAUGUCCUAAUCGACUUUGCCCAAGAUCCAGCUUUUCAAUACAAGUGGCCCGGGAACCGCUCAGCACCCAGCUCUUCGCAGAUAAAAAAUACAGUAUAUAGAGCAGUUGUGCCACACUUCCAUAACCCCACAAACCUUGUGUUCUUAUGUGUGUCGUUAUAUUAAAUAUCUCAAUAUAUAUAUAAAAAACACAUUCGGCAAGGACAUUAAAUGGUAAUUUUUACGAAUACAAAUUAUUGUUAAUGGACGAUAGUCAAUACGCUAGACCUGAAAAUUAUAGAUUUAAAAUGUCUAUGUUAAGCCAAUCUGAAAGCUACUAUUGUCUAAAGAAAGGAAGACUCUAUCACAGACUUUCAUUAUUUGCUUGCCAAACCCGUAGGCUACUGCACUCAGUAUACUUUCUAAGCAUCCGAGUUAUCAGUGUUUGCCAUGUGAUCCCUCGCAGCCACAUGUAUCCCACUGCCAAGGAAUUUUUUCAAAAGUCAAAGCUUUUGAAUAAAUAUUUAGGCAUUGUAUUGGCACAAUAUCCUAACAUUUUCUGAUGGCAACACAAACAUUUUAAUAGUAUAUUUAAGAAGUGUUUAGUUAAUUGAUGUUGUUCUACUUACAGAUUCUAAUGGAAAAUAUAUUGACUGUAAGAAAUUUUGCCCUAACAAACCUGUCAAGCAUAUCUAUUGCCCAACUAUUUCAUGGACAGUCGAUGAAUUAAACUGUAAUAAAUUAGGAAAUCCAUCCCAUAUCAUAAUUCAUACCAGAACUAAUGACAUCGAACAGUCAGCACUAGAUGCUUGUGCUGAUAAUUUUCAACUAAUGAUGGAUAUUACUUCACAAAAAUAUCCAAGUGCUAAGAUUCUAACACCAGCCUUACUUAUACGUGCUGACAAUCCUGAAUCAACCCACAAAAGUUUCAAUUCAAAGAUGCAACACCUUUCAGCUAGCCCGAAAGUCCAGUUUAUAAAUAAUGAGAACAUAACAGAGGAUGUGCUACAUGACAAUAAACACAUAAAGAGACGCAGGAUCGAACUUGUUGAUAUCCAACUUUAAUCUUCAACAGAGUUGGUAACCGUAGACAACAAACAAAACCUCUAUCAGACCAUUUCCCUCAUGCAGCCAAUGGAACAGAUCAGAAAUUUAACCGAGAUCACUAAUAUAUCCAACUGACACAAAGCCGAGUACCAACAUAUCAGCCAUAUAUCAACCCUCUACCCAAUCUUCCCCAAAUGAUCCCUAAAGCAUAUUCUCCUACAUGGAACAGAUCAGAAAAUUAACCGAGAUCACCAAUAUAUCCAACGGACACAAAACCAAGUAUCAACAUAUCAGCCAUAUAUCAAACCCUCUACCCAAUCUGCUCCAAAUAAUCCCUAAAGCAUAUUCUCAUACAUCUUGGCAAAACCCUGGAUUACCUCCAAAGUCUUAUGCACAAACAGUUGUAGACAGGCACAAUCAGACCAACCAACAUACAGACCAUUUAGAUCUUGGCACCAUGAUGAGCCUAUUAAAGAUCUACGAAAUGAUUCGUCAAAUUAGAUAAGUAUAUAGAAUUGACUUUUCCUUUGACCUGAUAUCUUGCCAUUUCAAUUGUUUUCCUGUCACAAGGAUUUUUUAAUUCAUGUGUUUUACUAAAUUUAGGCCACUUUUAGAGCCACAGUUUAUAACAAUAAGCUGAUGGAAUAUUCAUGGCUAGGUAAAGGCUCUGUGUUUGAAAACAAGUUAAAUAAUAUUGAUUUUAGAAACACAUUUAAAUCAUGCAACAUUGUCAUUCUUUCUGAAAUUUGGGGGCACGAAAUCUUAAAUUUUCCAGGUUUUGAUAUUAUUGAAUUAAACAACCCAAGAAAAUUGAGAACAAUUCUGGUGGAAGCUCAGGUGGAAUUUUAAUUGCAGCCAAGACUUCUCUUAAAAGAGGCAUAACCUAUGUAAAGAAAUCUGAAGACUUUAUCUGGUGCAAAUUGGACAAAAAGUUUUUUCCAUUUGUCAAAUGAUAUUUUACUAUGUGUAGGGAUGCACCGGAACCGGUUUUUUAAGUUCCGGCCUGAACCGGAUCCGACCGGAACUGGAAAAAAGUUCCAGCCGGAACCGGAACUAAUUUAUUAAGCCAUAUAUAGUCAUAUGUUACUUUGUCCGCUGCCAGACAAGCAGACACUUCAAAUCAUUAAGUAGAGAGAUCAAAAAUGUCAGAAUAAAAAGACUGACAAACGUUAAACGUCAUAAUGAAGUGUUAAUAGUGUACAUUUCCCUUGCGUAGUCCAACUUUCUUCCUACUGUGACCUUUUGUUAGACACAAAAACGUUUGAUAUUCUAUCUCUCUGAAAACGACAGAGUUUCGGUUCCGGCCAUGCUUUUUCUACUAGUUCCGGCUGGAACCGGAACUCUAAAAAAUCGGGGAUCCGGCCGGAACUAACCGGCCGGAACCGAGUUCCGGUGCACCCCUAACUAUGUGCUUCUUACAUCUUCAAUUGAUUCGCCUUAUUUUGAUUCAGAAAACGUUUGUAUCUUAGAAAACGAUACUAAUUUUUUCCAGAGCAUUGGCUCAGUUAUACUAGCUGCAUGGAGACUUUAAUGCCCGCACAGGAAGUAAUAAAGCUUUCAUAGAUGCAAAAAACUAAAAAUAUAUUACAGGAGAUGAUUAUCCAUUACACAAAAACAACAUACCCCCAAGAAAAAAAUUAGACAACUAUGUUAACAACCAUGGGAAAACACUACUUGAAAUAUGUAAAUCCCUCGAUUUGUGAAUUUUUAAUGAAAGGUUGAGAGGUGAUGCUUUUGGCAAAAUAACCUUUCAUGGAUGUAGAGGAAUUAGUACUGUAGAUUAUAUUAUAUUAUAGGGAGUCAUGAGUUACUUGAUAAAUUUGAUAGUUUUCCAAUGCAACAACCCACACCAUUGUCUGAUCAUGCACAACUCACUUGCAGAUUAAGAACUGACAAACCGUUCAUAGAACAAAAAGAUAAAAAUACAAAACUUUUUGAUCUUCCAAGCCAAUUUAAAUGGAAUUCAGAAUCUAAUGAAAGAUUUGUUAGAUCUUUGCAAUCUGAUCAAGUCCAAUCAUUGAUAAAUGAUUUUGAACUCGCACAUUUUGAACUUCAUAAAGUAGAUAUCAAGACAGCAGUCUGUAUGUUUAAUAAUAUCAUAGAGACUGCGGCUAAAACAUCGUUGCAGUUAGCUUGA